AGGAGGUGGCCAAGCUGGAAAAGCACCUGAUGCUUCUCCGCCAGGAGUAUGUAAAGCUGCAGAAGAAACUAGCUGAUACAGAAAGGAGAUGCAACCUUCUGGCUGCCCAGGCUAACCAAGACAAUGCCAGUGACACCUUCAUCAGUCGACUUCUUGCCAUUGUAGCGGAACUUUAUCAGCAGGAGCAGUACAGUGAUCUGAAGAUAAAGGUUGGGGAAAAGCACAUCAACGCUCACAAAUUUGUCUUGGCGGCACGCAGUGAUACUUGGAGCCUUGCCAGCCUUGCCUCAACAGAGGAGCUGGAUCUGUCAGAUGCUGACCCAGAGGUAACCAUGGCAAUGCUGCGGUGGAUCUACACGGAUGAACUCGAACUAAGAGAAAAUGAUAUCUUCUUGACAGAGCUCAUGAAACUAGCUAAUAGAUUUCAGCUCCAGCUGCUUAGGGAAAGAUGUGAAAAAGGAGUUAUGUCACUAGUUAAUGUCAGGAACUGCAUUCGUUUCUAUCAGACUGCUGAGGAGCUGAAUGCUGGCACUCUGCUGAACUAUUGUGCUGAGAUAAUUGCUAGUCACUGGGAUGACUUGCGUAAAGAAGACUUCAGUAGCAUGAGUGCUCAGUUAUUGUAUAAAAUGUUCAAGUCAAAGACAGAAUAUCCUUUGCAUAAGGCUAUUAAAGUUGAGAGAGAAGAUGUAGUCUUUUUGUAUCUUAUUGAAAUGGAUUCACAGCUCCCUGGGAAGCUCAAUGAAUUGGAUCACAACGGAGAUCUUGCUUUGGAUCUAGCCCUAGCCCAAAGAUUGGAGAGUAUUGCAACUACACUGGUCAACUACAAGGCUGAUGUAGAUAGGGCAGACAAGAGAGGCUGGAGUCUACUGCAUAAAGCCAUCCAAAGAGGAGAUAAAUUUGCUGCAAACUUUCUCAUUAAAAAUGGUGCCCGUGUGAAUGCUGCUACAUUGGGAGACCAGGAGACUCCUCUGCACCUUGUGGCAUCGUACAGCCCCAAGAAGCAUUUGCCAGAUGUCAUGGCAGAGAUGGCACAGAUAGCAGAGUCCCUCUUACAGGCGGGAGCCAAUCCAAAUAUGCAAGACAACAAGGGAAGGACACCAUUACAUGUGUCAAUCGUGGUCAGGAAUGAACCUGUAUUCAGUCAGCUUCUCCAGUGCAAACAACUAGACUUAGAGCUGAAGGAUCACGACGGAAGCACAGCUCUGUGGCUUGCAGUUCAGUAUAUCACUGUCUCAUCGGAUCAGUCUGUAAACCCUUUUGAGGAUGCCCCUGUUGUAAAUGGAACCUCAUUUGAUGAGAACAGUUUUGCAGCGAGGUUGAUUCAACGAGGCAGCAAUACAGAUGCUCCGGACACAGUAACAGGAAACUGCUUGCUUCAGAGGGCAGCUGGUGCAGGAAAUGAGGCAGCGUCUCUCUUCCUAGCAACUCAUGGAGCAAAAGUCAACCACCAAAACAAAUGGGGAGAAACACCACUGCAUACAGCCUGUAGGCAUGGCCUGGCAAACCUGACAGCAGAACUUCUGCAACAAGGAGCCAAUCCAAACAUCCAGACGGCAGAAGCAGUGCUUGUUCAGAAGGAUACAUCUUCUCCAACAGCAGAGAACGUUUAUCUGCAAACUCCCCUUCACAUGGCUAUUGCUCACAAUCACCCAGAUGUGGUGUCAGUCAUCUUGGAACAGAAAGCUAAUGCUCUUCAUGCUACCAACAACUUGCAAAUUAUUCCUGACUUUAGUCUAAAGGACUCAAGAGACCAGACAGUGCUGGGAUUGGCUCUUUGGACAGGCAUGCACACAAUAGCAGCUCAGCUGCUUGGGUCUGGAGCAUCCAUCAAUGACACAAUGUCAGACGGACAGACUCUGCUGCAUAUGGCGAUACAGAGACAAGACAGUAAGAGUGCGCUCUUUCUCCUGGAACAUCAGGCAGAUAUAAAUGUCAGAACACAGGAUGGAGAGACGGCCUUACAGCUAGCCAUAAAAAACCAGCUCCCUCUUGUGGUUGAUGCUAUUUGUACCAGGGGAGCUGACAUGUCUGUGCCAGAUGAAAAAGGAAAUCCUCCUCUAUGGCUUGCCUUAGAAAAUAAUCUGGAAGAUAUUGCAUCAACUCUGGUUAGGCAUGGCUGUGAUUCAACCUGUUGGGGGUCAGGACCAAGUGGCUGCUUACAAACACUUCUUCAUAGAGCUAUUGAUGAAAACAGUGAACAAAUAGCAUGCUUUCUUAUUCGCAGUGGUUGUGAUGUGAAUAGUCCCAGAAAGCCAGGUCCAAAUGGAGAAGGAGAAGAGGAAGCUCAUGAUGGACAGACACCCCUGCACCUGGCAGCCUGCUGGGGACUAGAAGAGGUGAUCCAGUGCCUUUUGGAGUUUGGUGCCAAUGUCAAUGCUCAGGAUGCAGAAGGAAGAACUCCAAUCCAUGUUGCUAUUAGCAACCAGCAUAAUGUUAUCAUUCAGCUUAUGAUUUCACAUCCAGAUAUUAAGUUAAAUGUACGUGACAGGCAAGGAAUGACUCCCUUUGCAUGUGCUAUGACGUAUAAAAAUAACAAAGCAGCUGAAGCAAUUUUGAAGAGGGAACCAGGAGCUGCUGAACAGGUUGAUAAUAAAGGUCGGAAUUUCCUCCAUGUAGCUGUUCAGAACUCUGACAUUGAGAGUGUGCUGUUCUUGAUAAGUGUGCAGGCUAAUGUAAACUCUCGGGUCCAGGAUGCCUCCAAACUAACACCUCUCCACCUGGCCGUACAAGCUGGCUCAGAGAUCAUUGUGCGUAAUCUGCUGCUUGCAGGUGCCCAGGUGAAUGAACUGACUAAGCAUCGUCAGACUGCUCUUCACUUAGCAGCCCAGCAAGAUUUGCCCACAAUUUGUUCUGUUCUUCUGGAGAAUGGAGUAGACUUUGCAGCUGUAGAUGAAAAUGGAAAUAAUGCUCUUCAUCUGGCAGUGAUGCAUGGCCGUCUAAACAAUAUCCGGGUCCUCCUCACAGAGUGCAAUGUAGAUGCGGAAGCCUUUAAUAUUAGAGGCCAGUCACCGAUGCAUGUUUUGGGACAAUACGGGAAAGACAAUGCAGCAGCUAUCUGUGACCUGUUCUUGGAGUGUAUGCCAGAAUAUCCUCUUGAUAAACCUGAUGCUGAAGGGAACACAGUGCUCCUGUUGGCUUACAUGAAGGGCAAUGCUAACUUGUGUCGUGCAAUAGUGAGAGCUGGGGCUCGUCUUGGAGUUAACAAUAAUCAAGGAGUCAAUAUUUUCAACUACCAAGUUGCUACAAAACAACUUCUCUUUAGACUGCUGGAUAUGCUGACAAAAGAACCUCCCUGGUGUGAUGGCUCCAACUGCUAUGAAUGCACUGCCAAAUUUGGAGUCACGACAAGAAAGCAUCACUGCCGACACUGUGGACGCCUGCUCUGCCAUAAGUGCUCAACAAAGGAGAUUCCUAUCAUAAAAUUUGAUCUGAACAAGCCAGUACGAGUUUGCAACAUCUGCUUUGAUGUCCUUACUCUGGGAGGAGUCUCCUAGUAUGCUAUGGAAGUAAAGGGAUUCCCAGUCAGU